UCUCCCUUGCACACCUCUUCCACUGAGCUCUCCUCCCCCCGUUUCUUCUUGCCUUUUCUGCCUUCCUUUCUGGCUAUCGCUGUCCUUUGAUUUUUGCUAAUUGAGUUAAAUUCCUACCAUUUGCCCGUCUGUGUUCGACCUAUCAGGCUCUCUCUAUAUAUACAAAUGCAACGCGCUCUCUGUUAGCCCUGUGUCUAAAGAUUUGAAGAGAGGCUCGGUUUCCCAUUCUAGCUUCAUGGAAGAAGCGCAAGUGGUGGAGUCAAAGAAUGGGACCAUCUCUGUGGCUUCUGCAUUUUCAGGUCAUCAUGAAGUUGUUAAAGAUAGAGAUCACAAAUUUUUAUCAAAAGCUGUUGAAGAGGCAUAUCAUGGAAUUGAAUGUGGUGAUGGAGGCCCUUUUGGUGCAGUUGUUGUUUGUAACGAUGAGGUAGUGGUAAGUUGCCAUAACAUGGUGCUCAAGCACUCCGAUCCUACUGCUCAUGCUGAGGUCACUGCAAUAAGGGAGGCCUGCAAAAAGCUUGGGAAGAUAGAACUUUCAGAUUGUGAGAUUUACGCUUCCUGUGAGCCUUGUCCGAUGUGCUUUGGAGCAAUUCAUCUUUCACGACUUAGGGUGAGGCUGGUCUAUGGAGCAAAAGCAGAAGCUGCAAUAGCAAUUGGAUUUGAUGAUUUCAUUGCUGAUGCUCUGAGAGGCACUGGAUUCUACCAGAAGGCUCAUCUUGAGAUCAAGCGAGCUGAUGGCAAUGGAGCCAUAAUUGCUGAACAAGUAUUCGAGAAAACCAAGGAAAAAUUUCAGAUGUAUUGAAUCUGUCUGCUCCAUUGUUGCCUGAAUGAUCUUCUAUAUGCAAAAUAAUCAACAAACUUGGUGAGCACUGAUUGUCUUCACCUAUUAAUCAACUGAUAUUCACAUCAAUGAAUUUCCAUUUGCUUUUUGUUUGUUUA